UGGCCUCCCUUCCUAUAUCCAAUCGGAGGCCGUUCUUUCUCUUCUCUUUCACCCCCAACCCUCGCUUCUCCCUCAGAGUCUGAAGUCACCGGAAUUAGCUGGAACUUGGCUCCCGACGGCCGACUACUUGCCCCUCCCACGCGUUACCUGGUGCGCGUGCCCUGCCUGCGCGUGCUCGCUCUCUCAGCAAGCGCGCGAGAACUCCCGGCUUAUUGCCCUCCUGAUUCCCUUUCCUCCUCCGCCUCCCUCCCCCUACUCUACCACCUUAGGGCGCUAGAGCGUCCCUCAAAGCGGGAGGAAGAAAGUUACGCCGGGGGGGGGGAGAGGGGGGAAAAAGAGGGCGGGACUAUAGCCUGGUGGUAGGCGGGGGAAGGAGCCAGCCUGCGGCACAGUCCGAUCCCCUGCCGGACGGAGUCGUGGUCGGGAUGGGGAGCAGCGUCUGGCGUGGCAGCAGCGUCGGAGCGGAGAUUUUGGAAGAAGAAAGAUACAGAGUAUACAUGGUGGAAUUACUUUUGCAACCCCCUGGAAGAAAUGUGAUUUAUUUCUUAAAAUGAAGUGAAAGAAUCAACAUGAAAGAGACUGGAUAUAAUACAAGUCAAGAACUCCUUUUUUAAAAGAAACAGCUGCCAUAGUAUUUAAAUAGUCUCUUCCAAAGAGUGAUUUGCACUAAUAUUAAAGUAGAAGGAAAAGUUAAAUGCUAUAAAAUCAUCAAUAAGUAAUUGUAUGGCUUUUAAUUGUAUAAGUUGUUUUAUUUUGUCUCCAAGAUUUUAAAAAAUGUUUUCAUAAAAAAAAACGGCAGAAGCUAUAUUGACGUAAUGCAGUCUGAAGAGUUGGAAGUGGUAAUUGGGACAUUUAACACAGUGUCAUAACUUUAACAAUUUUCAGAACUGCUCAGAAUUGCUCUGCUCAGAAUCUUUCAAUCUUAUUUUAUAAACACAUUGUUUCAUAAAUAAUGGCAUGGGUAAAGUUCUUGAGGAAACCUGGAGGAAACCUUGGAAAAGUAUAUCAGCCUGGAAGUAUAAUGUCUUUGGCUCCUACCAAGGGCUUGUUAAAUGAACCAGGACAAAACAGUUGCUUUCUUAACAGUGCUGUGCAGGUUUUAUGGCAACUUGACAUAUUUCGACGGAGUUUAAGAGGUCUAACAGGACAUGUUUGUCAGGGUGAUGCCUGCAUAUUCUGUGCUUUAAAGAUGAUAUUUGCACAGUUCCAGCAUAGUCGAGAAAAGGCACUCCCAUCAAACAAUAUGAGGCAUGCCUUGGCUGAAAGCUUUAAAGAUGAACAGCGAUUUCAACUUGGUUUUAUGGAUGAUGCAGCAGAAUGCUUUGAAAACAUCCUUGAGAGAAUCCACUAUCAUAUAGUGCCAAGCUGUGAAACAGAUAUGUGUACUUCUAAAUCCUGCAUUACUCACCAGAAGUUUGCUAUGACAUUAUAUGAACAGUGUGUAUGUCGCAGUUGUGGGGCAUCUUCAGAUCCUUUGCCUUUCACAGAAUUUGUUCGUUAUAUUUCAACAACAGCUCUGUGCAACGAAGUUGAUAGGAUGUUGGAAAGGCAUGAGCGGCUCAAGCCUGAAAUGUUUGCAGAACUGCUUCAGGCUGCAAAUACUACUGAUGACUUCAGGAACUGUCCUAGUAACUGUGGUCAAAAAAUAAAAAUCCGCCGUGUUCUAAUGAAUUGUCCUGAAAUUGUCACAAUUGGCUUAGUCUGGGAUUCAGAACAUUCUGACCUGACAGAAGAUGUCAUCCGGAAUUUGGCAACGCAGCUUUAUCUUCCAGGGCUGUUCUAUAGGGUUACAGAUGAACAUGCCAAAAAUAGUGAGCUUUAUCUCGUGGGGAUGAUUUGCUAUGCAAGCAAACAUUAUUGUGCCUUUGCCUUUCAUACCAAGAGUUCCAAAUGGGUGUUGUUUGACGAUGCUAAUGUGAAAGAGGUUGGAACAAAAUGGAAAGAUGUGGUGUCCAAGUGCAUUCGCUGUCAUUAUCAGCCAUUGCUGCUGUUUUAUGCAAAUCCAGAUGGUACACCAGUAUCAACAGAAGAUGCACCAAGGCAGAUAAUUCACUGGUCACAUUAUAAAGCCUGUGCAGGAAAUGGAGAAGAACUUGGAUUUGAAAAGUCUGCUUUUUCUAAAUCAGACCGUGUAAAAGAAAAUGGGUUUGGAGAAUCUGUUACACAGAAGAGCACUAAAAAAAUUCAGCCAGAUGACUCAAUCUUUAGUCGAAACCAUAUUCAGUCUGGUGGUGUCAGAGGGUCAGCAGGUAAAUUGGGGCAUAACGAGCAUAGAGAAAAGGCAAAGGACCUUUCCAGAGAGUGUGCUCAGAAGGUAGCUGAAAUGAAAAGUUUCUCAUCCUCUCUAAGAAAAGAUGCUGACAGAGGAUCAAAGAGAGAAUCUGGAAAACAAAGAGAUAUUUCUGGAGAAAUCCGCACCAAUUUUAAGCCAGGAUCGCCACCUUCUGGAAAUGGAUUUAGGCAGCAUUCUAAUGAACUUACGUGUGGUAGUCAGGGGAAAGGAACUUACCGACAUGAAAAGGUACAUAACCAAAUCAGAUCCACUGCACAGGUGUUGGGUUCAAACAGAGCUAAUGGCAUUUCUGAUGGAGAGAAGAUGAGCCGCAUAAAGACUGACAGUAUAACUGGUUACGAUACAGACAGUAGCCAAGACUCCAAAGACAAAGGAAGCAUCAGUAGCAGCAAAAGUCGAAGCAGAGGUUGGAAACCAAUACGAGAGACACUAAAUGUAGACAGCAUCUUUUGUGAGUCUGAGAAGAAAGAGCAUUGUUCAAAGCCCAAAUUAAAUGUAAGCAAUAAACCUAAACAUGAAAAAGAACAGAGUUCAAACAACUGGCCAAAAGAAAAUCGAAGUCAAAAAGGCUUGAUGACUAUCUAUGAAGAUGAAGCAAAACAAACAGGGAGCCGGAGUUCCUUAGAUUCAGAAGGGAAAGGAAAUGCAGAAAAAAGCAUAGGAUUUACAGAGAGAAAAACGCAUACUGACAGUUGGCAGAUACAAAGGACUGAGUCUGGUUAUGAAAGCAGUGAUCAUGUAAGCAACGCAUCUGCUAAUCUGGAUUCGCCUGUUAUUGAAGGAACCAGCCCAGUGGAUACUAUUGCUAUUAAGGAAUCUGUUUCCUGCAGUGACCAAAAUCUGGCAGUCAGAUAUCCUGGGUGUGUCUUGCAGUCUGCCUCCCAGCAGAACAAAAACUCUUUGGAUGGUAAACAUCAACACUGUUUUGCAGCCUUGAAGAAAGACCAAGUUAAUACCCAUAUUAACUAUAGAUCUCAUAACCUACCUUCAGCAUCUCAUCUACAUAUACAGAGUCCACCAUUGAAAAGGAUUGACAUACCUGGUUGCAAUAAGUUUUUCCCUUCAUUAACACUACAGACCACUUUAAAAGACCAUACUGAGAGAGAAAUGAAGAACUAUGCACUUACUGAGCAAAGCUCUGCACAGCGGCCUAAUGGUAAAACAAACGUACUAGUACAUGGUGCUGACAAUUCAGCUUGUUACAAUGCUGAGAACUUAACCGCAUCUGAAAAGGUUCAGAAUAGUGAAUCUCUAUCUUCCCAUUUGGAAUUGCCUCACACGAGAACAGUUAGAACCAGACCAGCGCUUGCAUUUUUCUUACAACAGAAUAUAUCCAAACCUUCCUACACUGAAAUGGCUUCACCUGGUGAGCGUAAACUUCCCUUGUAUAGUGGCAGGACUGCUGAUGAUACACCAGAAGCAAUUUACCAAAAUCUCCCUCCUCCUUUACCACCAAAGAAAUAUGCUUUGACUAGUUUGCAUGGAUCAGAAUAUGACUCUACCAUAGAUUUGAAACUAAGAGAAGUACCGGGCACAAAUCCUUCAAACAGUGAAAGGCACGUUAUAAGUAUAACUUCAAAGACUAUACCUGAAGCAAGUCCAUUUGCAGGUGAAGAAAGACAUAAAGGAUCAUUUCACGGGAAUGAGUCUUCCAAGAUGAAUUUUCCAUCAAGUUUAUCAGUAAAUGACCUGUGGGCUGGAUCUAGUAAUCCUAUAAAUAAGGGGGCUUGCCUCACAGGACAAAAUGCUAGCUCCCUGGAUGCAAAUGCAAAUGAUAUUGUAUCUCUUACUACUUAUUUUUCAGUUGACAACUGUAUGACUGAUACAUAUAGGAUGAAAUACCACCAGAGACCCAAGCUGUAUUUUGCGGACACUGGCAUGAUAAACAAAGAGACAUCUUUGCCACCAAGUGGAAUGCAGCUGAGCACUUCAUACCACAAUACCUCUGGAACAAAUUAUCCCACAGCUGAGCAGAGACAUAAACCUAGCAUUGGAAAUAUGUAUUGCAAUAGGUAGAAUAUGUAAUGAGUGAGAAUAAAUCCUUGGCACUCCAAUGUGUUGCAAUAUUUAGGUUUCCGUAUUUCAUCUAGAAGUUAUAGCUGUUGAACUAUAGUUUUGCACAUGCAUGAUCAAGAAAGAUGUGGAGAAUUUUGGUCCUAUGUUCAUGGAUCUGUCAUUUUUCUGCUUUAACAAUAUUUGCACUCACUAUAAGCUAAUGCAGAAUUAUUCUACCAGAACUGUUACACUUUUAAACUCAUAACCUAUAAUAGAUCCCCUUUAAAUUUUCAUUUGAUAAAUACGAAUAGUUUGCUUUUUGCAAUUAAUGAAUGCUGUUCCUUUUUAAUGACUUGGUUUAAAACAAGAUAAUUUGUACUAGUUAUCUUGAGAUUAAUUAGUACAAAUAAUUAUGAAAUACUUCCUUUUGGUUUUGAUUUCAUAACUGUUUGAAAUUGGUUGCUAAUUAUAUUUUAGGGCACUUUCUUUAGAUUACAUAAUGCAAAUCAUAUAUCCUUUAAUCUUCCAUCAUCACUUUGUUUAUUAGUCAUAAAGACAUAGGAACCUGCCUUACAUUGAGUCAGACCAUUGAUCCAUCUAGCUCAGUAUUAUCUACACUGACUGUCAGGGUCUCUCCAUGGUUUCAGAUGGGAAUUCCUCCUAGCCCUGUCUGGAGAUCCUGGUGACUGAACCUAGCAUCUUUUGCAAAUGUGCUCUAUCGCUGAGCCAAGGCCCUUCUCCAGUAAGGAAAUGUUUAAGGACAAUCUUUUGUCUUGAUUGUCAAGAUCUCUCAUGUAGAAUAGUCUUUAACAGUUUUGGAAUAGUGGGUUUACAGUGGGGAAGCCCAUCCCAUAACUUUUGCUGUAAUGAAUUAUGGCUGAAAUGUUAUCAAUAUUAUUUAUUCUGUGUUUAUACUUGCAUGUAUCUUUGGGCUAAGUUUGCAAUAACAAAAUAGUACAGUUCUCAUUGGGGUCAGUACCACGUUGGAUUUCACUUGGGAGAUUUCCCCCACACAAUGAAAACUAUGCUCCUUAUGUAAAGUUUUCACAAUAUGGAAUGCUUUGUGUGUUUGCAUGCGAUAUAAUUCUUUUUUCUUAUCAAGGCAAUUUCAAAUAAACUCCUUGUGUGAAAACUAAAGUUACAGACCUACAUGAACUGUACUACCUCAUUGUAGCAUGUUUGAGUCUGUCCUUAGUAUAUGUAAGCCAAGAAAAUUAUUUUAGUUCAGAGGUAGACAAUGCAUGGCUUAAAUAUUCUUGAAGUUACUUUAUAAAAGUACUGACCCUCCCUAGAACCCUAUCUAUCUUGCAAGCAUGUGAAAAGAGAAGUGCAUUUAAUGGGAGUUGACUUUCCCUUCAUAUUCAGGUACUUUUAAUUAAAAAAUUACAGUAGUUCUAAUGCUAUUGUUGCCUUGCUACACUGGUAAAAUGGAGCUUUUUCUUGCUGUUGUAGGUGCACUUUAUAACUAUUUUAGUCUUGUCUGCAAUCCUAUAAAUGCUGAUAGGAUAUGCUGAUAUCAGAACUAUGCACAGAAUGUUACGUACAAUAAGAAAAAAUUACCAGAAAAUAACAAUUUAUCUUGAGUUUUGUGAGUCAGUUAUUUCCAUUGUCCUGGAUACCUUUAACACAAGUAUGUCCAUCAGAUUUUUAGUAUUUGAAAUGAUGCCUUAAUAAGUGACUUUGAAUUUAUUUUAAUAAAUAGUAGCUAGAUCUUCAAAUAGCAAUAGCUGGUGUUCCACACAGCAUACAUUAAAUACUGCGAAUUCUGCGUAGCAGUUGGAUGUAGUAGGGGUUAUUUGGGACUGUCCUUGUGCUGCAAGAGAGAUUUUCAUAACGUGAGUAGUAUAACUAUAUUUUUAUAUUAAACUUGCUCUGGAAAACAGUAUUUAUUAAUCUCUGCAUGUGGAAGAUACUGUUGGUUUUCCUAAAGUUUUAUUUCAAACUACAAGCAGGGCACAAUAUAAAAUAUUCCCAGGAGUGCCUUCUGUGGAAUCAAUUCCUUUUUGAAGGUUGAAAUGGAAUUCUCAUCUAGAUACUGUAGGAUAAAAAUAGUUUUUAUGGCACAAUACUCUUUUGGUGGUAUUCAACAAUGUUGUCCUGUUCGUGCAAGGACUUCCACUUGCACAAUGGAACUUCUCCUCCCCCUCAGGUGUCCCCCCAUCUGUUCUGCAGGUUGCACCAACUCUCUGGAGAAGAUUUGGGGGAUGCACAAAGGAGAAGAGGGAGGUGAAGUUCCAUUAUGCAAGCAGAAGUCCUUGCAUGAACAGGAUGACUUGGUUUGAUAAAACCCUUCACUUUUGAUAAACAUUUCGAAUAAAGUAAGGCCUUCAAGGGGUGGGAGAUAAGAAUAAAUGCCUUUUAGUUUUAAGCAGUGAUUUUAAAAGACUCCAAAUGCUUGCACUGUGGUUGGAUUAAAUACAGAACAUGUUUGUACUUUUAACCAAAUGGUGACAAUCAUAGUUACCCAAGGGUAGUAGAGACUUUAGGUCUGUUCAAGACAUUGCUUUGUCCUAGGAUUCUAUUUGGUGUGAGAUGAGAAGCAGGCAAUGACUGCAUUGUGAGAUCCCACAUUUAUUUGAGUGUGGGAUCUUUCUGACCCAGUCAUAACCUGUGUAGACUUGGGAACCGAGUAGUAUCUGAACAGGCCUCUUGUGUUCACGUUAAGUGUCUUGACCAUAAACAUAACCUAAGAUUUGUUGCUUAUCAGUAUGUAUGCAGCAAACCAAAUUAUCUUGUUGCCUCUCUUUCCUCCAUCAGUAGUGAUUCUGCAAAUGGUAAUGCUUUAUUUAAAGCGUGUACAUAUAACACUUAUGACUGCAAGUGAAACUGGACCUUUUCACUUCAGUGUAAGACAGAAAGAACUUAAUCUAAAAGCAGCUGUGUAAAGUUACUUUUUCUAAUACUUGAGGGGUUUUUGUUUUUUAAAAAACUUUUCUAUCUCAUUCCUUAUACACAGAUAAUGUGUAAUAUUGUUUUAAAGACUUAAUGGGUAGAAGUGGAAUUGUGACAAGUACUGGAAUCUUUAAAUGUAUAGUUGAAAGCUCUUACUCAAAUUAUGUAUUUGAAUUUGCAGUAUUUAUGUAAAUACUAACAAAUGUGAAUGACCUGCUGUAAGAGCGUUAUUACAUUUUAAAAAUGUGCAUAGCAAGUAUUCACUUUCUGUACAAAUGAGAAAUGUUUGACUUGUAAAUUUGUUUAUAAAGUGCUAGUAGGCAGUUAGCAAACUUACUCUGUUAAGAAAUAGCAUCAUACAUUCUGAAGUGUACAUAUCGUUUAGAUGUUUGUUUCUAUCCUUUCUAGAUGACCUUUUGCACAGAUUUGUGGCUACCAGAUAAUGCUUCUGUCAUAACAGGUGGUCAAUUUUUAUAACUGACUGUGCACUCUUAAGUAGCUAAAUAUUUGCUAGCAAAUGUGCAGACAUUGAUUUUGACUUUUCCAGGGUGCCUAUUUUUAUAAUUGUUCCCUUCAGAUUAUAGAUUUGUAUGACUUUUGUAAUGUUAAAUGCAUUUAACAUGUCUUGUAAAAAAUAUUUUCAUUGUCUAGAAAAUUUUAAUCCAAAUCAUUUUUCCGCCCAGUCAACUGUUAGAUAAAGAAGUUACCCUAUACAGUGUUUAUCUACU